GCCCCGCCCCCUUGUUCCCACAAGCCCGGAACUCCCCAAAUCCCGCCCCUCCCCUCCCAAAAAAACAACCCUCAUCCAGUCUCUUCCAGCCUAGAGAUCCUGGCCUACCCCUCCGCCAAAGCGCGCACUGAGUGCAAACCCCAGAGUCAAUCCCUGUCCCAGCUCCGCCCCCCGCGUCGGAAUCCCGCCCAGCCGAGGCCUCAAGCCCAGUCGGGACUCGAGCCUGUGGAGGCGAGGUUGCCGCACUAGAUAGGAGAGACAAACAAGGAAAGUUGAAUAUGCAGGAGAAAAGAGCAUGUUUUUGGCCCAGAGGAGCCUCUGCUCUCUUAGCGGUAGAGCAAAAUUCCUGAAGACAAUUUCUUCUUCCAAAAUCCUCGGAUCCUCUACUUCUGCUAAAAUGUCAUUGAAAUUCACAAAUGCAAAACGGAUUGAAGGACUUGAUAGUAAUAUGUGGAUUGAAUUUACCAAAUUGGCUGCAGACCCUUCUGUUGUGAAUCUUGGCCAAGGCUUUCCAGAUAUAUCCCCUCCUACAUAUGUAAAAGAAGAAUUAUCAAAGAUUGCAGCAAUCGAUAGCCUGAAUCAGUAUACACGAGGCUUUGGCCAUCCAUCACUUGUGAAAGCUCUGUCCUAUCUGUAUGAAAAGCUUUAUCAAAAGCAAAUUGAUUCAAAUAAAGAAAUCCUUGUGACAGUAGGAGCAUAUGGAUCUCUUUUUAACACCACUCAAGCAUUAAUUGAUGAGGGAGAUGAAGUCAUACUAAUAGUGCCUUUCUAUGACUGCUAUGAGCCCAUGGUGAGAAUGGCUGGAGCAACACCUGUUUUUAUUCCCCUGCGAUCUAAACCUGUUUAUGGAAAAAGAUGGUCUAGUUCUGACUGGACAUUAGAUCCUCAAGAACUGGAAAGUAAAUUUAAUUCCAAAACCAAAGCUAUUAUACUAAAUACUCCACAUAACCCACUUGGCAAGGUGUAUAACAAAGAGGAACUGCAAGUAAUUGCUGACCUUUGCAUCAAAUAUGACACACUCUGCAUCAGCGAUGAGGUUUAUGAAUGGCUUGUAUAUUCUGGAAAUAAGCACUUAAAAAUAGCUACUUUUCCAGGUAUGUGGGAGAGAACAAUAACAAUAGGCAGUGCUGGAAAGACUUUCAGUGUAACUGGCUGGAAGCUUGGCUGGUCCAUUGGUCCAAAUCAUUUGAUAAAACAUUUACAGACAGUUCAACAAAACACGAUUUAUACUUGUGCAACUCCUUUACAGGAAGCCUUGGCUCAAGCUUUCUGGAUUGACAUCAAGCGCAUGGAUGACCCAGAAUGUUACUUUAAUUCUUUGCCAAAAGAGUUAGAAGUAAAAAGAGAUCGGAUGGUACGUUUACUUGAAAGUGUUGGCCUAAAACCCAUAGUUCCUGAUGGAGGAUACUUCAUCAUCGCUGAUGUGUCUUUGCUAGAUCCAGACCUCUCUGAUAUGAAGAAUAAUGAGCCUUAUGACUAUAAGUUUGUGAAAUGGAUGACUAAACAUAAGAAACUAUCAGCCAUCCCCGUUUCAGCAUUCUGUAACUCAGAGACUAAAUCACAGUUUGAGAAGUUUGUGCGAUUUUGCUUCAUUAAAAAAGACAGCACACUGGAUGCUGCUGAAGAAAUCAUCAAGGCAUGGAGUGUACAGAAGUCUUGAUUUGUGCAGAAUGGAUUAAUGUUUCUGUUAGAUGACCUAGUAUGGAAUUGUUACUUAGUGCUGCCACCUGCUGGAUAUUAAGAGAUAUUUCGGUACAACUGGAAUUUAAAUAUUUCCAUUGUUUUUCCAAAGCAGUUAACCCAACUCCUAACAAUAUUCAGGGGAUCUGACCUUUUUUUUCCAGUUGAAACGUAUUAACACGCCUUCCACGAUCAUUUUAUAAGGGUCAGCAUAACAUAGUGGAUAAGAACUGUGAGAUGUUUAACCUCUCAGUAACUCGGUUCCCCCGUUAUAAAAUAGGAAUAAAAUCAGUACCUGUUUCAUAUGAAGGUCGUUUCUGAGAAUUAAAUGGACUAAUGUAUGCAGAAAGCCUGGCAAACAAUAAACACUCAUCUGACUUUA